AUGGCAAGAACGGAGCAUGAGGAGGCGGUGGGGGGGGGGGGAAGAGGUGGAACUUUGCCGAUUUCGUGUGCUUGUCUCGCCCCAUUUGGGGAGAUAGUGGCAACGACAGAGCAUGAGGAGGCACUGGUGGUGGGAGAGGCAAGGUGGAACCAUGCCAAAUUCGUGUGCUUGUCUUGCCUUGCUAACCCCUCUCUGCCCUCUGCCACCCAUGCUUGCCACCAGUUUGGGGAGAUAGUGGCAACAACGGAGCAUGAGGAGGCACUGGUGGUGGGGGAGGUGGACCUGACUCAGAUUGACAUUCGCAGGCAAAACAUGCCCAUCAAGGUACAGCGAAGAGCAGACCUCUACCAGCUCAUGGACAAGACUGCUGCCGAUCAAUAG